AUGUCUCAUCCCAAUAGGUUCCCCAGCUCGCCGAGCCUGCGAGGUUCCUCCAAGCAGGCCGCGAACGAGCUCCACCUCACGCCGAUGCCCCGUCCAAAAUCCUCUACCUCGCAUGUCGCUGCUCGUCGAUUCUUUUCCCGUCGUCCACACCCUUCUGUCGCGUCAAUAGCAGACCUUUUCGUCGGCUCGCUUAUCCUGGCGGGUUAUUGCCAUGAGCAUUCACCCCGGGCGCGCAGCCUGUCUAUGGUGUCUUCACGGGCACCAGGGCGCCAAUUCAGAAACUAUCAUAGUGGCGGUUUUGUCGAUCUCCAGACCCCUCCGGCUCCGAAACAUUCAAGUUGGAAGAAUCCGGGGUCAUCGUGGCCGCAAUUGUCGCAGCAUCAAUCCCGGCUCAGUUCUGCAACCGCACGGGCUGAGCACGAAUACGCAAUCGAAGAGGAUACCAGGAGGGUAUUGGAAAAGAACGAUGAGAAGAAAGACGAAAAUGCGUCUGCAGACUCGAAUUCGCUCGAGGACACGGACAAGAAAUUACAAGCAACACUUUGGAAUCACUACUUCGAUGCCGAUACACCUAAUCCCACCUCAAAUCCCAACGACGAACCUCUACCCUUACCCGACGAACCACCCCCCAUGGAGUCACACUUAUCAUACGACGAAAGACGUUACCUCUCGACCGCGAGCUUAUACAGAAAGAUCUUAGGGGAGCACUUUGACUGGAAGGAAGCAGUGAAACUUGUGUUACCAAACCCACAAGCCCGCAGGCUUGCGCCGGGAGACCCCGAGAUUGAUACAGACAGCCCAUCUGUCGCAAUGCUCAUUGCAUCUGUACACGCCAAACCUAAAAUGAGCUCUCAGUAUCUCUUUGGGCUCUAUCGCCAGAUUCCCGCACCUGGAGUUGCCAAACUUCCUCCGCGUACUCGUGGAUACCUCUUGCGCCAACUCGCGAACCCUCCCAAUCGACGAUCAGUGGACUGCCGUCGAUACCUAGCUCUAGUGGAAGACAUGAUUGCCUGUCGUCUCCCGAUGUCGCUUUCCAUGUGGACUACUGCAAUUUCCUUCGCCGGUCGAGCUUCAAAACGAGGACAUACGAAAAAAAGAUACUUGAUUCGAGCUAUAGGGCUUUGGCAGCAAAUGGAGCAUUAUGCCAAGAUAACCGCAGACGAUGCUGUCUUCAACACCCUGUACGAUACUGCGGUCAAAUCCGGCCAAUUCAGCAUUGCCGAGCGCCUGGACCACGAAAGAAUUAAGCGAGGCAUCCCUGCCACUCGCUAUGGGCUCAUUCCCAAGCUAAAUUACUACGCAGAACACCGAGAUUUGGAAGGAAUCAGCAACACCUUUAAUGAAUUCAUCCAGUCCGGAAACAUGGUGGAUACGGUCGUUCUGAACGGGUUGAUAUCCGCAUUUCUUCGGGCAGGUGACUUCCAGACCGCGGAGGGAGUAUACAAACGCAUGCUUCUGGCACAAAUGGCCAGGAAAGGCGACCAUUCAAACGUGACUGGCAACUCUCUCUCUACCCAAUUUGAGGUUUAUCGGGCGACUACCAAGCGGGUAGGCCGUCUCCUGAAGUUGUCUCAUGGUCUUAAGGAUAAACUUCCUGGGCACCAUAGCGCGAUUCAAGAAAGUUUAUCCUUGACUCCUGACACUCGAACAUUUCACAUCCUUCUCCGGCACUACGCGAUCACCACUGGUCGUUUUGAAGAUGUUCUCCGUAUUGUACGUGAUAUGGAAAGAACUUACCGUGUCCCACCUCGCCACAUGAUCUACAACCAUCUCUUCGAAGGAUUCAGUCUCCAUGGCGCGGCAAAGAAGAAAAUCUGGACGCCAGAAAGGCUUCGUCUGACGUGGUUCUCGUAUAUCCGUGCGUUGCACGAUUCGAAACACAGACAUGAUGCAUUGCUUGAAGCACGCGAAGACACAAUAUUUGGAGAUCAAAUUCCAUCGAGCACCCUUGUCAAGCUUCGUAAGACAGCUUGGGACAAUCCUUUUGCAGAUGAGAUGGCAGAGAUGGAGGAAAAUAACGACUCUGGUGCUGUGGACGAGCAAUCACCUGCGAACGAAGCGCAGGUCGAGCUCUAUAUGCCUUUACCAUCUCCGGUUGUGGAACCCUCUGAAGAUGCGCAAGAGACACUGCAAGAGCGGGAUGCUCGUGCUUUCACCAAGGAUCAUGCGCACUCCAGCAGCCCCAGCCAACCGUCUCACCCAGAGAAGGAUGUACCCGAAAAGGAGUUCAAUGCGGACGAGUAUCUGAGGACCGAAUUCCUUCUCAACUCCAAACACCUCGAUAAAGACCUGCAGGCUCCUGAACGUGAGCAUGCCACUUAUCUGGAGACGCGUCUGGAGAACGGAGUCUUCAUUGGUCGCCAGACAAUUAUAUACAUCUUGCGUGCGUUCGGUACCUGCAUGGGACCCCACGAGGUGGUUGAAGUCUGGGGUCAGCUGGAGCACCUCUGGGAUCCUAUACACCGACAGGCAGUGGAUGUUGCUGCUGUCAAAGAGGAGCUCGAUCGUCAACUUGAAAAGUAUGGCAUGUAUCUUUAG